AUGAAAAGUGAUCCUGUUGGUCUUGUUGGAAUGCUGACGCGAAAAGAAAGAUUAUAAGUUUAUGUUUGCAAUCCACGCAAAGAAUUGUUCGCAUCGAGAUAACGAUAAGUGGAGCUUUUUGUUCAAAAACCGCCCCGAAGUGUUGCUUUACUUCUGUGUACGCACAGAAAGUGUUUGUUUAUCCAUGUUUUGAUACGCACAUUGUCGUGUGCGUUUUCUAAACAAACGAGAGCGUCGUCGUUUCGACCUUCCCACCGAUCGAGUGCAACAAGUAAAGAACAGCAGGGGGAAGUACAGCGAGCGGGUGUAACCCAACGCGACAGCAUAUCUUCGGGAGCUGGCGUAAAAAUAGCAUUUUCUUUACGUACGGGACACGGGGGUUUCGCGAGCAAGUAGAGGGAGUCAGUGACAAGGUCUUUCUGAACUGCACCAAAUACCCCAUCUGUUGAACGACCACAACAAGCACAACGCGCUAGCAUCGCAUCGGAACAUCGUCCUCCGCACUGCACCACACACAACCACCCAGAGACACGGGGAACGAUCGUGUUGUCGACGUUGUGUCGUUGUCGCGGUUUGGUUUCGGUUCGUGCGUACACAGAGCACCAGUCGGGAAAAUUACGCUGUGGCAAGUGGUUCUGCGGCGCACGAUUAUGGUGGGACAGCGAAAGUUUCAGCUAAGUGAGGUGGCCGCCCUCCAGCGGGACCACGUAAAAAUUCGUGACCCGGCCCGUGUUGAGCUGAUGCUGAACGAGCUGGUCGUGGGUGGCACAGAGAAACUGCAGGUGGUGACCGAUUUCGAUUACACAAUCACCAAGCAACGGCUCAGCAACGGCGAGAAGGUGCUGACGAGCUUUGGCAUGUUCAACGAGUGCAAAUCGAUCCCGCAGGAUGUGAUACUGGAGCAGCGCAACUUGUACCACAAGUACCGACCGAUCGAAAUCGACCCGCACAUGGAGCAUGAGGAGAAAGUGGGCUACAUGAUUGAAUGGUGGGCCAAAACGGGUGAUCUGCUAAAAGGCUUCAAGCUACCCCAGGAAGAUAUCGACGAGGUGGCAAAACGGUACAAGGAUGGACUGCGCGAUGGAACCCAUGACAUGUUUAAGGAGCUGCAUGACCUAAACGUACCGUGUCUCGUAUUUUCGGCCGGUCUCGGCAACUGUGUAUCAUCAGUGCUAAAGCAUGCCAAUGUCAUGUAUCCGAAUGUAAAGCUAGUGUCUAAUUUCCUGCAAUUCAGUGAAACUGGCUUACUGAACGGGCUGCAGGAUCCAAUGAUUCACACAUUCAACAAAAAUGAAACCGUCCUCGACGGUACGGAGUACUACGAAAUCGUACAUUCGCGCGACCACGUCAUAGUAAUGGGCGAUUCACUUGGUGAUGCCGGUAUGGCUAGUGGGGUACCAUCAUCGUCGCACAUUCUGAAGAUAGGUUUUCUUUUCGAUCAUCCGGAACUCAAUCUACCUCGAUACAUGGAUGCGUUCGACAUUGUGCUGGUGGACGAUCAAACCAUGGACAUCCCGCGAGCGAUCGUCGACAUGGUGAGGAAGCAAACACACGAGUGAGCGUGCGUAUUGUUGCAGACGGCAAUUACACUUUGCAUUCAUACGGUUGCAUUAGUUUCGAUGUUUCCCUUUGUUGUGAAACGCAACCAUCAUCACCAUAUGCCAUACCGUUUUCUGGAGCGACCGGCACCACCACCAUCAUCCGGCCUUGGUUGACUUAAUAACACAACGUUUUACUCUUACUGCCGAGAAUACAUCUCAGAUACAAUGUUUUCUUUUGCGUUUUUUACGGUGGACAAGAAGCGUUGCUUGCGUCGUUUCACCAGAGUGAUUGUGAUCCGUUUUUUCUGCUAGGAAGUGUUAAACUUAACUUAACUUUGUUGAUUUAGUGUUCCGUUUUUUAAAUUAACCGUUCGUACUUUGGUGACACAUUUCUUAAGCAUCUCCAACGUGUUAGCGAUGUGCAUCAGAAUUUCCCGUUCGAAGUGUAUUCGAAUUUAAAGCAAAAUAUAAAUUCCGGACAAACA